UGCAGCCCAUGUUAGGAAAUGUUCUCCCUGAGGCGCUGCUGCAGUCAGUCGGACAGCUCACACUGUUGAUCGCACACGGGAUUUCUCUCCGGGACGGAUCAUAAUAAUUAUCACUCUUUUUAUUCACCAUCAUGGCUCAGGCUAAAAUACACGCCAAAAUGAACGACGCUCAGUGCAGCAAGUUCAGCAGGACGCUGUCGAUGGCAGAUCGCGCCGGACAACUCCUGGAAAGUUUGGAUCAGCUGGAAGUGAGGGUGGAGGCUCUCCGCGAAACAGCAUCGGCCAUGGAGCAGGAAAGAGAGAGCAUCCUGGAAAUGAUCCAGUCCAUACAGAACGGACAGGAGCUGAGAAACAUCAGCGCUGGGGAGAGAGAAGAGUUAAAUUUAACAGCAAAUCGUCUAAUGGGCCGGACGCUAACUGUGGAGAUCUCUAUCGGUACAAUCAGAAACUCCCAGCAGGAGGAGGCUCUGCGCAAGGCCACAUCUGUGAUCGAUGAAAUAGUGAAAAAGUUAUUGGAUGACAUGGAAGGUGGCCGGCAGCGCCUGCUGGCCCUGCACGCGGCCUGUGUGACCGAAGCCCCGCCCGUCCCCAUCGACCAGAAAUUCCAGGCCAUAGUGAUCAGCUGCGCUCUGGAGGACCAGAAGCAGAUCAAGCGGAGGCUGGAGACUUUGUUGAGGAACGUUGAAAGUGCUGAAAAGAACAUCAAGAUUAUGGAUCACCAGAAAGUGGAGGUCCCAAAAGCCAAUGGCUGUCAAUAAGACUUAUUGCCAAAACAUGAAAUGCAUCUUUAAUGCCACUAACCUCACCAAAAACUGUUUUAAUCAUGUACUAACUUUUAGAGGGACUCUAAAUGUAGCAGCAGGACCAGUCUGAUGCUGAAGAUUAGGGCCAAAAAUACAGUAAAGCACAACUCAUCCAGCAGGAAUAUUAGUGAUGUCUCGGCAUAAUCAAGUUUUACAUUCAAAUUACUGUCAUUUACACUGACCUAUGAUGGAUUUUUUUAAUGUGUAUACCCAGCUCACAAUGUGUGUUCACAUAUGCACUGAAGUAACACAAAAAAGAUACAAUCGCAAACCAAAUGCUUACAAACAAUGAAUCCGAUGAUAAAUUAUCAUUUUCUAUUUCAUUGUUUCACCUCUUAAAAUAGGCACUUGGUUACGUUUUUGGGAGUGCAUACACUACCUCUUUGUGUGAAGGCAACACCAAUCACAUUAAGCUGUGGAUCUCAGUUCACAUUUUGCACAAAGCAGUUCUGAUAUCAGAUUAUGUGUCAUAUACAUUAAUAAAAAAAUAAAUAAUUAAAUAAAAAAGUCUCCUGUCAAGGGUGGCCUAUUGUUGUAAGACAUAAACACAUUAGAUGAAGCAGGUACCUUUAAUUUUUUAGGGCCCUGUUCUUCAUAUGUGAGAUAAUGGACUUUGAAUUUUUUCUUAUUCUUUGUAGUCAGCUUAAUUAAUAUCCAGACCUGUAAUCAAAGAAACAAGUCGCUAAGCCCAAAGCUGCAAAAGGGCCGGCUUAUGGACAGUUUGCUAGAUCAUUACCCAGAGAUGAAUUUUCAGUAAUUAGACUCACUUUCUUUAAUUUAUAAUGAAAGUGUUGCCUAUGUGGGCUUCGGGUGUCUCCGUUGGUAAAUUGUACGCCACAUAUUCAGAGGCUAUGUGUCCUUGUUGCAGCAGUCCCAGGUUUGAGUGGCCCUUUGCUGCGUGUCAUCCCCACUCUCUCACCCCCUGUCUUGUUAUCUCUCUAGCUGUCCUAU